UGCCAUUGUCAGAGUUCGCGUAACUGAUAUUAAUGACAACGUGCCCGUGUUCCCAGUGGACGUGUACAAUCUGAAGAUGUCCCAGAACUACUAUUCUAACGUCACCUUGAGAAUACCACUGGCGAGCGAUCCAGAUGUGGGGGACACGAUACACUACAGCAUCUCCAAGAACGCCAUGGACGUGUUCCACAUCGACCCACUCACAGGGGUGAUCACAACACGGGAAGGCUGUAAUGACAGUUGUGAUCGGUCCCAGGAUUGUCAUCUGAUCAUGUUCACGGUUUGGGCGAUUAAUCCGGACAAACCCUCACUGAACGCCUCCAUGAACGUCAACGUGUCCCUGCUAACACCUUCGUCACCAGGACAAACAACAGAUCUGAUGUCGUGUGACUCAGUGGGCAUACGCAACAAGAACGCGCCAAAGUUUGUACAGGAGUUUUACGGGAAGUCUUAUUCUGAGUCGGUGACCCCGGGGACAGUUGUGGUGUAUGUGAGCGCGGUGGAUGGCGACCCGGGUCCCGAGGGCGAGAUCGACUACUUCCUCAGGGGAACAGCCGACUUCGACAUCAACGCUCAGGGAGGCAUAUCCACUUUAAGGAACAUGGACAGCCAGCGGCCGGGGAUCGUGCCCUGUGCAUGUUGGCCGUGGCACGGGAUAGAGGGUCUCCUUACCGGGAAGGUACGACUACUGUGUGCCUCUACCUCAAUGAGAGCAACAACAACCGUCCGCGAUUUACGGAGGAGCGUUACUUCACCACUGUCAUAGACGGCACCCCGGCUGGCGUGUCUCUCAUUCAAGUUAGCGCUCGAGACUUCGACAAAGAGUCUAAAGUGUUGUACGUUCUUGAGACUCGGAGCCAGUACUUCGCCAUGAAUGGUCGAAACAUCACCGUAGUUCAAAGAGUUAACAGAGAUGACAUUCUGCAAAGUUACCCAGACUCCGUGGUCAAAUUAAAGCUGGUAGCGAGCGACGGACCGUUCCAAGACGAAGCCUGGCUCUAUAUAAGUGUAUUUCCUGAUAACCAGUCUUGUCCAGCAAUCGAAACCGCCUCAGGAACUUUGAUCGGAAUCCUGAUUGCCUGCUGGCUCCUAACCAUCCUCAUUGCGAUUAUCCUUAUUAUAUGGUGUCGAAGACGAAAAGAGCAACAGAAACCGUCACGAAGAGGUUCGGCGUACUCCAGUUACUAUAGCAACAAAUCUGAAUCCGACAACUCGGCCAAUGACAGAUCUUUAUACAUGAGCGCCACCUUGACAUUACCCAGGGGAAGUCACUCUGAAGAUUUUCUCCAAAAUUUACGAGCCGUUUCCAAUGGCAAAGCAAUAUAGUCCUGUUGUGAAAUCGAACAGGUAGCGAACUUGAAUAUGUAGCCUGGUAAAACAGCAGUUUGGUAUAACACAAUUUAUGGAAAGCUCAGGCCGCCUUUUAUUGUUUUUACGCCACGGUCUUUACAAGAAAGAGCGUUAAUACGUUCAGUUGCUCUAUACGCAGUGCGUGUGUGGUAUUCAUGUUGUUUGUUGAACAUUCAUAUACUUAAACUUAAAUAUAUUCAUGCAGUUCUGCACAAGUACAAUGCAGUAGGAUAUCCAAUAUAAUAUAAUACAUUACUGAUAAGUUCUCUCCACAAGUUAUUGUAUAAAUCUUGAGAGUUGACCGUUUGCUCUAGCUGCUUGUGAUUGGUUAAAUCUGAGGGCAAUACAUGUAUAUCACUGUAGCUGUAGCGGAGGACUUGUACCUGGACAGAUUUCAUACCUAACAACUGUGUUUUAAAAUCAUAAAUCCCUGUGGCGUUAUGGCCAAAGCAGAGUUAUUUCUGGAAAUGUUGCAUAUAAAAAUGGACUGGCUAAAUUUGACAGAUCUUUUGUCACGAAUCUAUUAUGACUGUAAAUAUGACGUUCUAUAAGCACUGUCCAGUUAUAAUUACAUGCACAUUUAAUUAUGGGAUGGUUAGUGUACAGAGGCGGUACCGUUCUAUAAGCACUGUCCAGUUAUAAUUACAUGCACAU